CUAAAAACAAACUCCUAUUUCAUCCGAUCUCUCUUCAACCCCAAGAAAUUUUGAGAGAGAAGGGAGUUUCAGAAUCUUUCUGGUCUUUUACUCUCCCUGGCCGCAAAUUGUGGCUCAGUGUAGUUUGAGCGAUGGAAAUCAGUAGAGGCACAGAAGCAUGUAAGUAUGUUUGGGAAGGAGCGAUUCCACUGCAGAUUCAUCUUCACGAAUCCGAAGUCACUACUCUUCCUCUUCCUCCCACUGCUCUUAUUUUAGCUCCUCGGAUAGGGUAUCUGCCCCUAUUAGCACCACAAGUUAAACCUUUCUUCAGCAGUGCGCUACCACCAGGUGUGGACACCGUUUGGUUUGACUACAAAGGGCUUCCUCUGAAAUGGUAUAUACCUAUUGGGGUACUCUUUGACCUUCUCUGUGCAGAACCAGAAAGACCAUGGAAUCUAACGGUACAUUUUAGAGGAUACCCUGGAAGCAUUUUAACCCCAUGUGAAGCUGAAGACACCGUGAAAUGGAGUUUUAUUAAUUCAUUAAAGGAGGCAGCAUACAUCAUUAAUGGGAACUGCAAAAACAUCAUGAAUAUGUCUCAAAUUGAUCAAUCAGAACUGUGGCGCUCUGUUUUGAACUGCAAUUUGGAAGCUUAUCUCCACGUUUCUUCUAAGCUUAAGCUGAGUCUAUAUGGAGAUGAUUUUGCAGUAAAGCUGGAUUCUUACAAGUGUCAGCAAAGUACUAAAAUUGAUGAAGAUGCCCCUGUAGUAGUAAAUAAAGGUGGGACAAACUCACAAGGUAGAGUUCCAGUUCGUUUGUAUGUCCGGAGCUCUAGUGAGGAUUUUGAUUGUGUAGAUGAUGCACCUGUGGUUGAGUGUUGGGACAAGAUAUCUUACAUCAAUCGACCUGUUGAGAUUUGUGAAGAUGACAAGUUCUUCACUCUGGGUGAUGCAGUAAAAGCGCUUCUUCCUGAGGUUUUUAUGGGAGACAUCACCUGCACAGAGGAGGAAGAAGGUGAGGGGAAAAGAUCGGCUUCAGAAGAGACAAACUUUACCAGCGCUAAUGAAACUGGUGGAGAAGCAUCAAAUAAUCGAGAAAUCAAACUUGUUAGGAUCCAAGGAAUAGAGCCAAAACUGGAGAUCCCUUUUGCUUGGGUAGUGAAAAACUUGGUUUAUAAAUGCUAUUGGGAUCUGUUCAGGCCAUUUUCAACCUAUUUAUGGUGCCACUGAAUAUGUACUUAAUUGACUGAUUCUAUUUCGGGUCUGGAGUUUUUAUCCGCGUCAUGAGGAUGACUGUUCAGUCUAUUUGCUUGCUUCACAAGUUCACGCACUGCAUUGCAGCUCAACAGAUAUACGGCCAUGAGGAUGGCCAUGGGGGCUCUUGCAAUGAUUUCGUAUAAAUUCCUUAUCGUAUACGUAAUGUUCAUACUUUUUACACCUUGUUUUUUACACCUUACAUUCCUUCACUUUUAGAGAUCAUCACACCCUUCAAAAAAUAUGGAUAAUGGACUUUAGGGUUUCAACUGGUAUCCAUUCAUUCCAUUGCAUGUGCGAAGUAUGUGUAUGCAAAAUGAGAUACUUGAGUUUCUGGAGCUGUGAUACGAAGGUGCAAAAAGACGUAUCGAAAAAAGGUGCAAAAAAUUACGGAAGUUUCAAUUUUUCAAACUUAAGUUGAUACCGUGAUACGUGAACUUUUAAAACGAAAAUCCCUCAAUAAAACAAAUGUGCAC